AUGCUUGGUGUUGUUCAAGGCUGGAAGUGCCCACCACAAAUGGUUGACUUCAUCUCAAGUUUAGGGUGGGGUGCAAACAACGAAUCUUUUGGUAAAGUUGAUUUCACAAGCUCCAAAUAUACUAUACUUUCUUAUAUGCUUCCGAUCAUGCCUGGAAAAUCGCUUUACAAUACCGUGAGAGAACUUGUUGAAAAUGCACUUGAUUCUGCAGAAUCCAUUGGGGAGCUUCCAUUGGUCGAAAUAACAAUAUGGCGUGAUGUUAAAAUGCGUGCUUUUGAUGAUGUAAACCAUCAAACUUACGUGGACUUGAAGAUUUUUAAAAGUUUCUCUGAAUUUUUUGUUGGUACCUGGUGGUAUCGGAUCCAAGAAUGGAGCUACUUUAUUCUUAAAGAGCUACUUUAUGCAGACCCUUUUGAUGUGGAGGCACAAAAGAAAAUGAGAAAUAACAACAUUGAAGCUAUCAUGGAUCGAAGAUGGUGUUUGAGCUAGCUUCUUUCUUUUGUUCCUGGGUAAUUUCUUCGACUUAAUCCCCUAACAUAUUUUCAUCUGAUAGGUUGGCAUAAUAUAUAUUUAUACAUCAAUUAUGCACUUUUGUUAUUUCUUUUGGUUCUUGAAACGAGACUCAAGAUAUCAUAUUUUGGCAUGGCUAGAAGCUUUGGA